CAGUACGACAAGGAGUUCGAAUGUAACAACAGUGAGAGCGGCUACCUGUACUGCUGUGGCACCUGCUACUACCGCUUCUGCUGCAAGAAGCGCCACGAGAAGCUGGACCAGCGCCAGUGCACCAACUACCAGAGCCCGGUGUGGGUACAGACGCCCAGCACCAAGGUAGUGUCUCCUGGGCCCGAGAACAAGUACGACCCGGAGAAAGACAAGACCAACUUCACCGUCUACAUCACCUGCGGGGUGAUCGCCUUCGUCAUCGUGGCGGGGGUCUUCGCCAAGGUCUCCUAUGACAAGGCCCACCGCCCACCGCGGGAGAUGAACAUCCACAGGGCUCUGGCUGACAUCUUAAGACAACAGGGACCAAUCCCCAUAGCACACUGUGAAAGAGAAGCUAUCUCGGCCAUUGAUACCUCUCCCAAAGAGAACACGCCGGUCAGAUCGUCCUCGAAAAACCACUACACCCCUGUGCGUACAGCCAAGCAGACUCCAGGACAUUAUGGGAAGGAUGCUUACCGAAGUGGAGGACCUGAUCUCCAUAACUUCAUCUCAUCUGGAUUUGUCACAUUAGGAAGAGGACACACGAAGGAGAAACCACGGAUGAACAACAUCCUGACAUCUGCCACAGAACCCUAUGACCUCUCCUUCUCACGCUCCUUCCAGAACUUGGCUCACUUGCCCCCAUCUUAUGAGUCUGCAGUGAAGACACACCCCAGCAAGUACUCAUCCCUGAAAAGGCUAACUGACAAGGAGGCUGAUGAAUAUUACAUGAGGAGGCGACAUCUGCCUGACCUGGCAGCCCGAGGAACCCUCCCCCUCAACGUCAUCCAGAUGUCCCAACAGAAGCCCCUGCCACGAGAGCGCCCACGCCGGCCUAUCCGAGCCAUGUCCCAGGACAGGGUCCUGUCCCCGGAGCGGGGCCUGCAGGAUGAGUUUGGCAUGCCCUACGACCGCAUCCUAUCUGAUGAGCAGCUGCUCUCCACAGAGCGUCUGCACUCCCAGGACCCACUGCUGUCUCCAGAGCGGACGGCCUUCCCUGAGCAGUCCCUGUCGCGGGCCAUCUCGCACACGGACGUCUUUGUGUCCACGCCCGUGCUGGACCGCUACCGCAUGACCAAGAUGCACUCCCAUCCCAGUGCCUCCAAUAACUCCUAUGCCACCCUGGGUCAGAGCCAGACGGCAGCCAAGCGCCAGGCCUUUGCCUCACGCAGACACAACACGGUGGAGCAGCUGCAUUACAUCCCGGGCCACCACACCUGCUACACAGCCAGCAAGACUGAAGUGACCGUGUGACUGACCGGGCGGGGCAGGGCUCCAGGCAGAAUGGGGCGGGGGCAAGAUGG